AAGCUAAUUUGAAUUUCAAAUGGAUCAAUGGACAUGGUUUGUCUCUUAUGAUCAAGGUAAUCGAUUCGAAUCAUAUCAACAAAAACAAUAGCAAAAUGUUUCAUUCAUCUUAUCCUUUACAAUCAAAUUUAACAUCGCCGUCUACAAUUGUUUCAUCAGCUACAACAACAACGACGACAACCACAACAAUCAAUACGUUGUCCCCGUUAACCACUGGUAUUAAUCAUUCAUUACAAUCUUCAUCAACAUGUUCUACAUUUACGACAUCAACAAUAUCAACCAUUUCUUCCAUUAGCAAUAAUGGACAUCAAUCAUUGUCUUAUAGUCCAUCAUCGUCUUCAUCAUUAUAUCGAAAUAAUAAUAAACAACAUUCACAAACGCCACUAUCAAUAUCCACUGAUUCACAUCAUCAACAUACUUUGAUACCAAUCACAACACAAACAUCGUUGUUGUCAUCAUCAUCCUCAUCUACUACGACAUCAGCAGCCAUAUCUCAACAACAGGCUCCAAUGUCAUCGAUUCUGGAAAAUCAUCAUGAUGGGCAACAGGUGGUGAUAUCAUCUCAUCCUAACUCUUCUACACCAUUUUCGAUCAGUUCAAUGAUCAAUAUGAACAAUCCAACAUCAUCAUUAAUGAUGGAUUAUUCAUCAUCAUCGAAUGGUUUGAAUAUUUAUCAUCACAAUCAUAAUCAUGCACAGCAAAACAAUGUUUCUAAAGUAAAAUUAGCUUCACCAUUGCAGCCAUCAACAUCAACGACAACAUUAUUGAUACAUUCCCCUGCACAAUCAUCUUGUCCGUCAUUAGAUGUAUAUCAUCUAGGAACAACAGUUCCGGCUACAACGGCCACGUCAAUCAUGGUGAUAAAGGACAUAUUUCAAGCAUGUAGAAUUGGUGAUCUAAAUCGAUUGAAAAAAUUGAUAAAUUUGAAUAAUGUUAAUGUUCGUGAUCCAUCGGGUGGUGGACGAUCAACGCCGCUACAUUUUGCAUCUGGUUUUGGCCGUUUGGAUGUUGUUGAUUUUCUCAUACAACAAGGCGCAAAUAUUCAUGCCAAAGAUGAUGGUGGCCUAGUACCUUUACACAAUGCCUGUAGUUUUGGCCAUAUUGAAGUGGUUAAAUUAUUAUUGAAAAAUGGAGCUGAUCCGAAUGUCAAAGAUAAUUGGCAUUUCACACCAUUGAUGGAAGCUGCCAUCAAAGGUAAACUCGAAGUUUGUCUUUAUCUAUUACAAAAAGGAGCCGAUGCCCGUUUAACGAAUUCAGAGGGGAAAAAUGCGUUGGAAUUAGCCUCACCAUUAGUCAAACCCGUAUUAACAGGUGAUUUUCGUAAACAUGAACUUCUUGAAGCUGCCCGUAAUGGUUAUGAAGAAAAAGUAUUAUCAUUAUUGACACCUUUAAAUGUUAAUUGUCAUGCAUCUGAUGGACGACGUUCAACACCGCUUCAUUUGGCUGCCGGAUAUAACCGUCUAAAAAUUGUUCAAAUUUUACUUAAAAGUGGUGGUAAUGUUCAUGCUAAAGAUAAAGGUGGUCUAGUACCGUUACAUAAUGCUUGUAGUUAUGGACAUUUUGAAGUCUGUGAACUACUAAUCAAGCAUGGUGCAGAAGUGAAUGCAUCGGAUCAUUGGCAAUUUACACCGUUACAUGAAGCUGCCGCCAAAAUGCGAAUUGAAGUUUGUUCUUUAUUGUUAGCCCAUGGUGCCGAUCCUACAUUGGUCAAUUGUCAUAAUAAAUCUGUGUUGGACAUUUGUCCUACACCAGAUCUUCAGGACCAUAUUAUGAAAGAAUAUCGAGGUCAUCAAUUUUUGGAUGCAAUUAUAAGUGCUACUGAUAUUUCAAAAUUGAAAAAAUUUAUCAAUGCUGAAACUAUUCAAUUUAAACAUCCUUUCACUGGCAAUACAGCAUUACAUAUAGCCGUAUCGCUCAAUUGUUCAAUCACUAAUCCACAAAUGACACCAAAACUUCGCAAACAAAUUAUCGAUCUACUCAUACGUAAAUCACCCGGAAUGGUUAAUGAAAAAAAUGGACAAUUUUUAACUCCAUUGCAUUUGGCUUCAGAUCGUGGCCAUACUGAUCUAAUGGAAGUGUUAUUGAAACAUGGUGCCAAAAUUAAUGCUGUCGAUUCAUUAGGACAAACAGCUUUACAUCGUGCUUCGCGAAAUGGACAGCUUAGUUCGGUACAGACAUUACUAUCAUAUGGAGCUGAUUUAAUGUUGGUCAAUAUACAUGGUUUAACUGCUGAACAAAUGGCCGCUACUGAACAGGUACAGAAAUUGAUCGCUUCACAUAGGUUGACAUCUCGUGGCAACCCUGAACAUCAACUACUUGAAGCAGCGCGACAAGGAGAAUUAGAUUUAGUACGAACAAUACUUUCAAAAUAUCCGCAUCUGGUUAAUUGUCGUGAUAUUGAUGGUCGACAAUCAACUCCGUUACAUUUUGCUGCAGGUUAUAAUCGAAUUGAUGUUGUUGAAUAUCUUCUUGAACAUGGUGCAAAUGUUCGAGCCAAAGAUAAAGGUGGUCUUGUACCAUUGCAUAAUGCAUGUAGUUAUGGACACUUUGAAGUUGCUGAAUUAUUACUGAAAAAAGGUGCCAAUGUUAAUGCUACCGAUUUAUGGAAAUAUACAGCCCUACAUGAAGCUGCAUCGAAAGGAAAGAUUGACAUUGUCAAAUUAUUAUUGAGACAUGGCGCCGAUGUAACAAAGAAAAAUCGUGAUGGCGACACUCCAUUAGAUUUAGUCAAGCCGGAUGAUGUAGAAAUUUCCGAUCUCUUAUUAGGCAAUGUUGCCAUUUUAGAUGCAGCUAAAAAAGGUGAAUUAGGACGAUUGAUGCGAUUAGUUUCGGCUGAAAAUGUAAACUGUCGUGAUAGUCAAGGUAGAAAUUCAACACCAUUACAUUUAGCCGCUGGUUAUAAUAAUUUUGAAGUCACCGAAUUUCUAUUGGAUAAAGGUGCCGAUGUGAAUGCGCCUGAUAAAGGUGGAUUAAUUCCAUUACAUAAUGCAGCAAGCUAUGGUCAUUUAGAUAUCGCUGCUUUAUUGAUCAAACAUGAUACUAACGUUAAUGCUACUGAUAGAUGGGGAUUUACACCAUUACAUGAAGCAGCACAAAAAGGUCGUACGCAACUUUGUGCACUUUUAUUGGCUCACGGUGCUGAUCCUACGAUGAAGAAUUAUGAGGGUCAAACAGCGUUAGAUCUAGCAUCGGCAGAAGAUGUCAAAUGUUUAUUAAUGGAUGCUCAACUCGAACCACCAAUGUAUUCAACAUCAUCGGGAAUUGCUACAGCCACUUCUUCUAGUAAUACAAUAACUUCGACAACGAAUCAAAUUUCAACGACAUCUCAACCAUCAUCUGAGCAACAGAUAACAACAGGAACAAUCAUAAGUACUACCGAUCAGAACCAAUCCAUUGCGAAUCAUCAAUCACAAACAGAAUCUUCUUCGUCGACAAUUCAGCAACCAGAUUUAAUGCAACAAUUAAUUCGACAGAUUAUGAUAAUUGUUGGCAAUAAUCCAAAUGUGAUCAAUUCUUCUGGUGAUACUGUGACCAGUACUAUUAACGACCCCCUUUCUUCGCUAUCUAUUCAAUCAAACGAAUCAUUUAUAGAUGGGUCAUUACAAUUAUUACAGUCUUCAAUAUCAGCUGAAUCAUCAUCAAAACAAACAAUUCAAUUGAAUAAUGAAUCCGUCCCAUCAUCACUUGCGUUGCUUCUUUCGCAACGAAAUGCCGAUAAUGUGAAUGGAAAUCGAUGUCCUGAAAAUGUUCUUGCAAACAAUAAUACUGAUAAUGAUAAAACUAUUGAUUAUAAAUCGAUUAUCGAUGAUACUUCUGCCGAUAAUAUAUCGAAAAUAAAUCCACAACCUGGUGAUGGUUCAUCUGAUGUCACUCAAACGAUUCAAACAAAUUCAUCACAAUCAAUUAACCAACAUUCAACUCAUCCAACGAUUUUAGCUAAUAACAGCGAUAACGUUUCUGUUUCAAAUAAUAAUGGCAACAAUAAUAAUAAGCUAACAAAUUAUUUGCCGGUUUCAAACAUACCAUCUAGUGUAACUGUGCCAAUGUUUUUAUCAACAUUGGGUUUAGAUUUUAUAACUCCAAUAUUGAUGCGUGAACAUAUUACGAUGGAUAUUUUAGCUGAAAUGGGUCAUGAAGAAUUGAAAGCAAUCGGUGUAUCUGCUUAUGGCCAUCGACAUCGUAUAUUGAAAGGUAUCGAAAAAUUAUUGAUUUCAUCAUCAACAUUAUACGAUACGAUCGAUGGUUCCGGAUUGGUUGUACGUGCCAAUAAUCAACUAGAACCAUUGAAACAAGCAUUAAAUGGCAAUCAAUUUUUAGGAACUACCAUUACAAAUGCUAAUGCUAUAACUGUGAUGACAUCAACUGGAGCUGUUGUACCAUUACCAUCAGCACCAUCAUUCGCUACUACAAAUAAUAGUUUUCAAUCAUUUUUGAGUAGUAAAAGUUCAGGUUCAUUAUCAUUAUCUUCCACACCGGGAAUAUCAAUGAUUCAUACGACAACAUUUUUGAUUCAAUUAUCAUCGGAUGAUCGUGAAUAUCGUGCCGUUGAAGAUGAAAUGCAAUCAACUAUUCGAGAACAUAAAGAUGGUGGUCAAGCUGGGGGUGUAUUUACUCGUUAUCAAAUUAUUCGUAUACAGAAAAUGAUCAAUCUUAAAUUAUGGCAACGGUAUCUUCAUCGUCGUCAAGAAAUUCUUGAAGAAAAUCACGGAUUUGCCAAUGAAAGAAUGCUGUUCCAUGGAUCUCCAUUCAUUAAUUCUAUAGUACAAAAAGGAUUCGAUGAACGUCAUGCCUACAUUGGGGGAAUGUUUGGUGCUGGAAUUUAUUUUGCUGAAAAUAGUUCUAAAUCUAAUCAAUAUGUUUACGGUAUUUGUGGUGGCAGUGGAUGCCCAAUGCACAAAGAUCGUUCCUGUUAUCAAUGUAAACGGCAGAUGCUAUUGUGCCGUACAGCAUUAGGAAAAUCAUUUUUUCAAUUCAGUGCAUUGAAAAUGGCACAUGCACCGCCUGGACAUCAUUCAAUUAUCGGACGUCCAAGUGGUGGUGGUCUAUCAUUUCCAGAAUAUGUCAUUUAUCGUGGCGAACAAGCAUAUCCAGAAUACAUCAUCACUUAUCAGAUCAUAAAACCGGGAUCAUCUUCAAGCACAUCUGACUGAAAUUAUAAUUUGAUCAAUGACAUUGUUCUUCAAUAGGUUCUUCAACAAACCUAUUUUUAAAUGGAAUUAAACAGGAUUUUAUUAUGCAAAAUUUAUUGAAUU